CCUCCCAAAAACAACUUCCAGGCCCACCCUCCCAAACCUAACCCAAAAGCACGCAUUUUUCCCAUAUCUCUAAUAUUGUACAAAGUGCUGAUUAGCCAAGCCAUGGAUACAGAGGACUUCAGUUUCCCUAGGAUUAGUGAUACUUGUGCACAUAACAUUGAUUCACCUCCUCUGUGGAAUCUAUCCCCAGCAGCCUCUCCUAAUCCCUACCAAGGAGACAAAGGAGAAGAAAAUGAUUGCUUUGGAGCAAAACUGAUAGCUCGGGCCGAGAGGAAGAGCUUUUCAUGUGUUGAAAAUGGGAGGAAAAUAAUUGGUUUAGAUGAUGAUGAAGAUGACAGAAUGGACAUGAUGUGGGAGGAUUUCAACGAGGAGUUGUCUUUAACAACAGGAUCUACUACCUCUUCUUCAAGGGAAGUGGUUGAAUUCAGAUGUUCUCAAGCGCUCACAGUUUCCAAGACCAAAAAAGAUGCAAUACUUCCAACUAAGAAUAAGCCUGGCAUGGUGAUGAUUGUGAAGGUCAUGAAGAAACUCUUCUCCAUCAAUAAUUCCCAAGUGAAACCCAGAAAAAGAGUAGAAAAAGAGUAAGAUAAUUCUUUAAUUAUUUGUCAAUAAGGCAAUUGGGAUUCUGGUUAAGAUUGAUUUUUCUUUAAGAAAUUUUCUUGGUUAAUUAGAAAGGGUUCUAGUACAGUGGGCUAUUUCUGCCUUUUCAAAU